UCGUUAAAAAGCAAACUUGAUCUCGAUAUAUUUCUACCUGGUGCAAAUGUAAUAACAUUUUUUCUUCCUUUAGUGUAGUUAACUAAUGGAAAAAUGGAAAAACAAUGCUCGUCUCCUUGACAACGUAUUUUUCACCGACAACGACGUCAUUCAGAGACACACUUCUGAACACAAAGAUUUUUGGUUGUUCUUGGAGAAGUAUGAGAACUUUAGAAGCAAAAAGAAACAAAAAGAACCAUCAACAAUAAGUGAUCACGUCAAUAAAUUUGAAUUCCCUUUGACGUUUAACAGACGUUACAAAGUCCAUUUUGCGCUUUUAUCUGCACACAUCAAAGAAAGAUACAAAUCAUUUGUAUCGAAACAUUAUGAACGAAAAAAAGACUGCGAGUUAUCAUUGGACGAAGUUAACGAAUUCAAGCAAAUUCUACUCUACUAUUUUGACUUCUUGCAAAAACAAAAGUUCAGUAAGCUCAAAAAGUUAAAACACGAUCAAAACAACUUGCCAAUCAAACAAUACGAAGAAAGCAUUAUAUACGCCAUUAGUGGAAACCAAGUUGUAGUAGUUGCUGGUGAUACUGGUUGUGGGAAGUCAACACAGGUCCCUCAGUAUUUGCUUUCUGCUGGUUACACUAACAUAGCAUGUACCCAACCCAGACGAAUCGCGUGUAUAUCUCUUGCCAAGAGGGUUGGGUACGAAACGUUGAACGAGUACGGCUCAGAUGUUGCUUAUCAAGUUCGAUUUGAAACGAGUAAAACCAAGAAAACGAAAGUUUUGUUCUUAACUGAAGGUUUGCUUCUUCGUCAGUUUCAAUCAGAUCCGGCACUUUCAAUGUACAACAUCGUCGUCGUUGACGAAGUACACGAACGUCACAUCAAUGGAGAUUUUUUGCUUGGUGUUUUGAAGUGCUUGUUGCAGCAAAGAACUGAUCUGAAACUGGUGCUGAUGUCAGCAACUAUUAAUAUAGACUUGUUUGCAAAUUAUUUUGAUUCGGCUCCCGUAAUUCAGGUUCCAGGAAGAUUGUAUCCAAUCGAAUUGCAGUAUGUUCCUCAUUUUGUGGAAAAAUCGGAACGUUCAGGGAAAAGUGAGAGAUUAGAUCCUUCACCUUACUUAAGAGUUGUGCAACUCAUCGAUAAAAAGUACCGUUCAUCUGAAAGGGGAGACUUACUUAUUUUUAUGAGCGGAAUGUCUGAGAUUUCCACCGUCGUUGAAGCUGCGAGAGAAUAUACUGAGAAAACGAAAAGUUGGAUUGUCCUUCCGCUACAUAGUUCUUUAUCGAUUGAAGAUCAAGACAAGAUAUUCGAUAUUGCGCCUGAAGGUGUUCGGAAAUGUAUCGUAUCGACAAACAUUGCGGAGACAUCGAUUACUAUCGAUGGCGUUCGUUUUAUUGCUGAUUCGGGCAAGGUAAAAGAAAUGAACUAUGACCCUCAAGUGAAAAUGCAACGGUUGCAAGAAUUUUGGAUCAGUCAAGCAAGUGCGGAGCAAAGAAAAGGGCGAGCAGGGCGUACUGGUCCAGGCGUAUGCUUUCGAUUAUAUGCAGAAUCUGAUUAUUCGGCAUUUUCACAGUACUCGACACCAGAAAUACACCGUGUUCCGUUGGAUACGUUAGUGCUACAGAUGGCUAGCUUGGGGUUGAGAGAUGCAACACUCUUUCCAUUCAUCGAACCUCCACCAAAGUCCAGUCUUGUAAAUGCGUCUUAUUUUUUGAAGCAGCAGAAAGCGCUAACAGCUCAAGGUGAUCUUACACCGAUUGGUCAAAUGUUGGCUCGGCUGCCGGUUGAUAUAGUGAUUGGAAAGAUGCUUAUUAUGGGUAGUUUAUUCAAUAUGGUUGAUCCAGUGCUCGUAAUUGCUGCAGCUUUGAGCGUUCAAAGUCCACUGACAAGGAAGUUUGGUGGUGAUGCAGAGACGGACGUUGAGCAUCGCCGAAAAGAACUGUUUUCUCCGCAUGGUGAUCCCUUUACUUUAUUAAAUGCAUACGAUGAAUGGAUCCUGGUGAAAUCUGACCGACGUUCAUCCUCGCGAAAGUGGUGCAAAAGAAGAGGGCUCGAGGAGCAGCGAUUUUAUGAGAUUUCAAAAUUAAAGAGACAGUUUGAAGAACUCCUUAAAGAUCACGGCCUGUUGCAACAUCGAGACGAAAGCCGUAAAAGAAGUGACGACCGUACACAGCGUCAGCAUUUACUGAAGUUAAAACGAGAACAUAAAUCGCAAAGUACACGGAAAAGAAAACUUUUAAAGUUACAAACCUACGGUACCGAAAAUAACGACGGGAGUAGCAGUGAAGCGGAAGAGGCUGGAAUUGAUAUCCACGACAUCGACUUUAAGUUACGUCAUAAUUUAUCGAAACUAGAAGCAACAUCUAAGGAAAACAGAAGGUUUACUUAUCGAGACAUCAACUUGUUAAAGCUGGUCGUCAGUAGUGGUUUGUACCCACAGGUGGUUGUCGCCGACGAACUAAACAUCUCGCGUAAGCAGACCGAGCAAGUAUUUCACAGCAAAGAUAAGCAGUUUUUAAUGCUACACCCAACAGGUGUUUACACACUUAGACCGGAUUUUCUUGAAAGUUUGUAUUCUGGUCAGGAAAAUUCAAAAGAGACGACAACCGAAAGACGAUUUGCUGACACGAAGGAAUUUCUGAUUUACGUUUCAUUGCUAGAAACGAAUAAACCGUACGUUGUAAAUACGAUGAAAGUGCCAGCACUUCAAACUUUGUUCUUGUUAUCCUCUAGUAUUGACACUAACUCGAAUUGUACUCAAUUUGUGUUUGAUGGCUGGAUUGAGCUUACAUUUGACGAAGAAUAUGCUACGAAAAUGUUGAUGACGAAUGUUGUGCAGCUCAGGAAAGCUUGGGACGCACUGCUUGAGCAGAAGUUAUCAAUUUAUAAUGACAACGAAGAAGUUGAUGAGUCCGAGCUCCGAGUAACUUUAAGAAAAAUUGGAGAAUUGGAAAGGGUUGUAUCUUUAAAAUUAGCUGAGUUCAUAGAUGCUGACAUACCUUAUAAAUUAAGACGUAUCUCCUCCGCAGAGAUUAAAGUUAUGUAUGUAGGUUGUAAUGUCACUGACAACAUUCAACCAAGUGAUAAACACAGUAUAGAAAUUAGUACGAGUGAGAACGAAAACACCAACCCUUUGAAGGGCGGUACAAAUGUGACGUCAUAUCUUACUUACGGUUGUCUGAGAGAUGAUAUGAGUGUUGCCGUGGCAACCGGGCAAGCCGAAUAUCUAGUGGAGCACUAUCAUUGCCCCAAAUGCAAGGAGCAUUUAAUAUGUACACUUAUUCAGCGAAUACAGCAUGACGAGAUAUGCGGUAUUACACUGAAUAGUGGUGUAAAAGAAGACUUAGUCGAAAAUGAAAAAACAACCGUAAUACCGGCUGAAACUGUAGGUAAAACGCCAUAUUUUUGCGAAGGCUGCAAUUCAGAGUUUUUGUUUUCCACCACAGAAAUAUUGAAACAUAAGUUAACUCACAAGAGCUGUUGAAUUUGUAUUCAACUUUUAUAAAAUAUAUCUAAUCGAAACUUCAA